AAAAAUGUGUUUCUCAUGGUUGUGUACCAUCUUCUGGCACUCCACGGUUUCUACUACAUGGUUUCAUUUCGCGCAUUCGUAGCAACCACGAUCUGGGCAACUAUCGUGGGUGAAACUUCCAACCUGGGUGUGAUUCCGGGAGCCCACCGUCUCUGGACCCACCGCACCUAUAAAGCUAAACUCCCCUUACGCAUUUUUUUGAUGCUUUGUAAUUGCAUUGCUAACCAGAAUUCGAUAUACGUGUGGGCUAGAGAUCACCGUGUCCACCAUAAAUUCACAGACACUCACGCUGACCCACAUAAUAUAAACCGGGGCUUCUUUUUUGCCCACAUGGGGUGGUUGCUGUGUCGAAAACACCCAGACGUGAUCAAAAAAGGCAAAACUGUUGAUAUGAGUGAUCUAGAGAAUGAAGACGUAGUGGUGUUUCAAAGAAAGUACUUUAGAUAUUUAACUUUCAUCCUUUCGAUUUUUAUUCCUACUGUAGUACCGUGGUACUUUUGGGGCGAGCACCUUUAUGUGUCUUUCUGUUUGGCCACCAUGUUUCGGUAUGUCGUCAGUCUUCAUGCAACCUGGUUGGUGAACAGCGUGGCGCAUUUAUGGGGCACCAAACCCUACGAUGGGAGGAUCAAACCUGUGGAAAAUAUUAUAGUGUCGUAUAUAACACACGGGGAAGGUUGGCAUAAUUAUCAUCACACAUUUCCGUGGGACUACAAGGCAGCUGAGUUAGAUACUUACCGUGGAAAUACACACACUGCAUUUAUCGACCUUAUGGCUAAAUUAGGGUUAGCCUAUGAUCUUAAAGUAGCACCAAAAAGUAUGAUACAAAAAUGUAAAUCAAAGAACGAAUCUCGAAGCCAAGAUUUUCUCCAAGGUAUCAAGGAAAAAGAGAAACAACUUAUCUUUGUGGAAAAUGGUGCUACAAGGCAGGAAAUUUUGCGAUGA